CAGAGUCACGGAGAGAUCUCAGCUCCAUCCGUGUUACUGCGGCAGCAGGUGGUCACCGCGCGUCCUGCUCUCUAACCGCAGCUUGCGAAGCGGACUGUGAUAUGUUUUCACCUUAGAACCCACAAAGCUCCGGGGACUGAAAUGGAUGCAGUGGAAUAACUUAUUUUUUUUUAACAAGCCAGUUUCCUUUUUCUUGAGUCAAGGAGUUGGCAAGUGAAGAUAAGAGGUUUUGACGGGCUGCGCUUCUCUGCGUGCGUAAUGCUCCCUGUGUAGAGAUCUUCGCCUGGUGAUCAUUUUUCUUUCUUUUUCUUUUUUUGUCUUUCCAUCUUUUUUAUUUUAUUGUUAUUUUUCUUUUAACUUAUUAGAAGUUUAUUUGAAGUUAAAAUCAUGGCAUUCUCAAGAUUCAGUAAGAUGCUCCGCCUGCCCACUAUUGAAAUAAAGAAGAAAGUGAAACAGUACGAGCACGUCCAUCGGGACAUCAACCCUAACGACAUAUGGGAAAUAGUUGGAGAGCUUGGGGAUGGUGCGUUUGGGAAGGUCUACAAGGCCAGGAACAAGGAGACAGAAGUUUUGGCUGCGGCCAAAGUGAUCGAGACUAAAUGUGAGGAGGAGCUGGAGGACUACAUAGUGGAGAUUGACAUCCUGGCUAAAUGUGAUCACCGCUACAUCGUCAAGCUGCUGGAUGCAUUUUACUAUGAAAACAAACUGUGGAUCAUGAUUGAGUUCUGUCCUGGAGGUGCUGUGGACGCCGUUAUGUUAGAUUUGGAUCGUGGGCUGACGGAGCCACAGAUUAAGGUGGUUUGUCGCCAGAUGUUGGAGGCUCUGGACUACCUCCACGGUAUGAAGAUUAUCCACAGGGACCUGAAGGCGGGUAACAUCCUCCUCAUGCAGGAUGGGGAGAUCAAACUAGCUGACUUUGGAGUGUCUGCAAAAAAUACCAAAACCUUGCAAAGAAGAGAUUCUUUCAUAGGAACUCCGUACUGGAUGGCUCCAGAGGUGGUGAUGUGUGAGACGAUGAAGGACGCUCCGUACGACUACAAGGCUGACAUCUGGUCUCUGGGCAUUACUCUGAUUGAGCUUGCACAAAUCGAACCCCCACACCACGAGCUCAACCCCAUGAGGGUGCUGCUGAAGAUCGCCAAGUCCGAGCCUCCCAGCCUGGAGGAGCCAUAUAAAUGGUCAAAGGAAUUUAAGGAUUUUUUGAAGAAGUCAUUGGACAAAAAUCCAGAGAUGCGUCCAACUGCUGCACAACUCUUGGAGCAUCCUUUUGUGAGAUCUGUGACUUCUAACCGUCCUCUAAUGGAGCUGGUGGCUGAAGCCAAAGCCGAGGUCAUGGAGGAAAUAGAAGAGAGUAGAGAGGAAGGGGAGGAUGACGAUGCCAUGGAGAUCACUGGGUCUCCAGGCAAGGAACCAUGCCAGACUAGUCAGACCAGUUUGGAGGGAAACCAGUCUCCACACACAUCCAGCCCCACCACACCUACCCCAGCUUCACCGGUACCUUUAACCAGGAGAGGUACACAGGCAGAUUCACCAACAGAGGAGCAGCCAGACCCAGCCAUGGUGGUCCCUGUUCCCCUGCCACGACAGAAUCUCCUUCCAAAAGAUCCAGAGGACGUGGGAGACAAGCUGGUUGAUGAGGUCAUUCUGGAGUCGGAGAAAUCUGAGAGUGAGGCCUCAACCAAGACUUCCAGCUCAGACUCUGGGAUUGAGGAUGGAAAGAGUACCCCCACGCUGGAGGAAGACAAGGUUACCUUGGAGACACCAGAGACUGAACAGCCACCAUCUCUUCCUCACACUGAGGCAUCUCCAGAAGUUGUUAACCGCAUCAUAGACCCAAAUGUGCCUAAAGUCCAGGUGAAUCCGGCUCACGGAGAAUCACCAGUUCCAAGCUCAAGUCUCACAGUCACUCCUGCGCCCACUCCCACGCCUUCCACUGCUGCAACCCCACAACCCAUGCCACGUUCUGGGGCAAACGGCACCAUAAGCAAGGGCAUUGCAGAGGGGGCAUCACCAGGAGGAAAUUCAGACAUGGUCUCGCCUUAUAACAAUGGAGGGAUUGUCAACAAACGCAACUCGUACUCAGGCAGCAUGAUGUCGGAGAGCAUGGACAUGUCCAUUCAUAAGGAGAACAUCUCCUUAUCUGCAAGGGAUUUUUCCAGUAAGACUCUAAAGCGGACCAGGAAGUUUGUCGUCGAAGGCGUGGAGGUGAGCGUGACCACCUCCAAGAUCAUUCGGGAUGAUGAGAAGAAAGAUGAGGAGACGAGAUUCCUGAGACGGCAGGAGCUGCGUGAGCUCCGUUUGCUGCAGAAAGAAGAGCAGCGAGCUCAGGCUGUUCUAAACACCAAACUGGAAGUGCAAAAAGAACAAAUGCAAAGGCGCUUCGACCAGGACAUGAAUGCCAAAAAGAAGUACUACGACACAGAGGUGGAAAAUCUGGAGAAACAUCAGAAGCAAACUAUUGAGAAAAUGGAGACAGACCACAACAUUAAACUUAAAGAAGAGACUAAACGCAUCAAGGCAGAGCAGGAACGGGAAUACCGCAAGUUCCAGGACCAGUUGAAACACAAGAAAAAGGAGGUGAAACAAUCUGUUGAUAAGCUGCCCCGUAAACAGCGAAAAGAGUCUUUGAGGGUGAGCAUGAAUUCCUUUGAAGAAAUGAAGACGAGAAACGAGGAGACAUUUUUGGCAAAUCAGAAAGACUACCUGGACACGACGCUGAAGAUGAUCAUCUCCAACAACAAGAGAGAGAUUGCAGAGACGGAGAGGGAAUGUCUUAACAUGAAGCAGAAACUCAUCAGAGAGCGUGAGGCUACCAUAUGGGAUAUGGAGGAGAAGAACCUCUAUGAGAGACACCAGCUGUUUAAGCAGCAGUUGAAAGACCAGUAUUUCCUCCAGAGGCAUCAACUUCUCAAGAAACAUGAGAAGGAGCAAGAGCAGAUGCAGUGCUACAAUCAGCGAAUGAUUGAGAUUCUGAAAGCUGGGCAGCAGCAGGAGAAGAGCCGGAUGCCUAAGAUUCAGCGGAGCGAGGCCAAGACUCGCAUGGCCAUGUUCAAAAAGAGCCUUCGAAUCAACUCAACAAGCAGUGCCUCAGAGGACAGAGAGAAGAUCAAACAGUUCCAGCAGCAGGAAGAGAAGCGGCAGAAGGCGGAGAGGGUGCAUCAGCAGCAUAAACAUGAAAACCAGAUGAAAGAGAUGAUCGGUCAGUGUGAAAGCAACAUCAGGGAGCUGCAGCAGCUACAGAAUGAAAAGUGUCACAUGCUGAUUGAGAAUGAGACUCAGAAGCUCAAACAUCUGGAUGAGCAACACAACCAGUUCUUGAAGGACUGGAGAGAUCAGCUGAAGCCCAGAAAGAAGACCCUUGAAGAUGAGCUGAACAUGAAAAAAAGAGAGCAGGAGGCUUUCUUCAGGAUGAGUGAGAUUUCCGACUGUGCACACCCCAGCUCUCCCCAUAAACUGUCCAAGUUUGUGCCUUACCAAGACUCUUCUACUACUUAAAUGCUGUGAUGCUGCACAAUGUGUCCUGCCUCAACACAUACACACAUUGCCUGCAGCCCCAUUUUAAUUUGCUUCACUAGCAAUGACAUCAUACUCAUGCCUCCAUUAGGUUUGUUCAUCGUCGAUAUUUAUGUUUUAACUCAUGUUCAAUGGUUUUUCUCUAGGAAAAGUUUUAUUUGAUAUGCUUCACAUUACUUGCGCAAUAUCUUCUUCCAUACAGUGCCUUUUUAUUAAAUUUCUGUUCCAAGUUUGUUUCUUAUUGGCUACCAGAUCAGUGUGAGAGUAAAAUGACACAGUGGCUAUUUUUCGUAUGAGCUGAAGAUAACGAAUGAUAUUUUAUUAAGUAAGAAAAGAGAGAAAAAAAAAACAACUUUUGAUUGAAGCAGUGUUGCCCAAAGUGCCCAGUUGGGGAAUUUAUUUUUCAUAACAGGAUGGAAUUCAAUGUGUAACAAAACACGUUUUGUUAACUUCCAGAUAUGUUGUGAUUUUCUGACCCCCCACCUCCCCCCCGAUUUAUUUUUCUUGUUUGCUUUAUCCAGACUGUGGGGUGCAUGUCACAUAGCUGCCAAAGUCUAUUUAUUUUUACUGAUAAAGAUCAAUAUCCAGAUUUAACACUGUGCAUUUUAAGUAUAUUUAUUUCUGUUUGCAACAGGGCUUUAAAUCCAAUUUUGUAUGGGGGAUAAAUCCAAAAUUAUUUAAUGAUUUUCUUUUUUCAUUAUUAUUUAGGAAUUUGAUUUUAUCAAACAAGGGAAAACUGUUUCAUAGUGUUGUUAUGUUGUGUUUUACUGUAAGAAUCAGUCACACUGGAUGGGAACUGACAAAGCCAAAGUAAAAUGCAAUUUUUUGUUUCUUUUUUUAAGGAUGUUGUAUGUUGAUGUAUAGGGGAUUUAAACCUGUAAAUGUACAGUUAUUAUACAGAGUGCAGUAUUUAAACUGCCUGCUAAACAAUGUGCAAUAUUACAUGUAUGUCUCUGCUUAAACUUUGCCUUCCUUUGCACUGAGAGAGGAAAUAAUAUAAAGACUAUGCAUCAGUCUCUUAGAAGCAUAAUUAUAUUGAGGUCAGUUAUCAUUUUAAGUCUUUGCCAAAUGAGCUGAUUUUUGGAUAUAACUAUUAAUCUCCAAGGGGGUGCAACUAUUCCAUCUUCUGUAAGAUGCUUUAAAAGUUUAAUCUUCAGCUCAAACUUGUUGACUUUAGUGAGAUUUUUUUUUUCCUGUGGAGCAGAAAUCAGGUACAGCUUAACUGCUCUCUCCCUCACUCACACACACUCAGAAGUAUUUAAAUUAAUUCUUUCCGUCGAGUUCCACGGCUUCAUCAGUCUUCAUCUGCGCCUCAGUUUACGUAACAAUAUUAGUUUUUUUUUGUGGAGGGGAGGGAAUAUGAAUUAAACUGUAUCAGAAGGAACCACUGAUGUAAAUAACUCAUAAUAAAAUGAAGAUUUUCUAAUUA